AUGCAUGUGGCCUCUCCGAAUGAGCUAAAUGUGAGUAUACCAGUAAGGGAUGUUGAGCUGCUUGGAAGAAAGCAUGUGCCAGUUGCUACGUUCACAAUUUGUGUGCUGUAGCAUCUUCAAGAAAUGGUAUUGCUGGUAGUUGUCUUUCAUAAAUAUAAGUCUGCUUUGUCAAGAUACUGGAAGCAUUAACCACCAGAAUUACCUACCAACAAGGUUUCCCUGUAAGUACCAAGCUAUUUUUAAAACAAAAACCUAACCUAAAUAAGAGAUUAUAGCCAUUGUAACACUGAGAUUGUUAGGACAUUUAUCUAAUAACCAUUUGGUUAUUAAGAAGAAAAAAAAAACACAAAAGCAACUUUGAAGAAAUUAGAUUGUUUCAACCAGAUAUGUGAUUACUAUAAGAAUUCACUUAUUUAUAAAGACUUGUUGUUCAAUUUCCAGUUGCUGCAGACAGCUCUCUUAUCAUGCAUAGAGGAAAUGAAGGCAGCCUCGCCCAGUGCGGAGGAGGAGGUGCUGCCCAUCUCCUGGAUCCAUCUUGGUUACCAUCAGUUUAGUAGUCGUCUGCAAAACCUUUCCAGGAUUCUUGCUGUGAACCCUGAGGUGCUCAAUGCUCUCACUGAACAUAUUGAGAAAGGAGGCAGCCUCUUGCAUCGCCAAAUGGUAGGAAUCAUAUUGGGUGUGUGGUAAUAUUUUAGAAAAAAACACAGCCUCUGAAGUACAUGGUAUUCUUCCGUUGCUUUUCUAAAGUAUUAGGAGAAACUAUACUGCCUUUAAGGAGAGGUACUAAACAUCACACAAGGCUUUAACACGUCCGUAUCUGCUAUACUCCUAAUAACAAAGCUAAUCAACAUAGUGCCCUGCAUCUUUUGUUGGGCUCUGACUUGAAUUAGCCUCAACCAGCAUUGCCUCUCCCAGGGAUGAUGGGAGUUGCAGUCCAAACAACAUCUGGAGGGCGUCCCAUUGGGCACCUCUGUCUUAACAGUGUAUCUGCCCUACUGUGAGAACACAAAGAUCUUCUAUGAGCUUGUGAACCAAAUGAUUUAUACAUAAUUGCAGUGCCAAACAGCCGUGCAAUCAAUCUGUUGUGGACAUAUGUACAGUGAGCAUAUUCCACAACUCUCCUGAGAUGUCUGUGGAAGAUAAGAUUAGAGAUUAUGCAUGGGGGGUUAUGCAAAUACUCCCAAGGCAGAAUUACGGUGCAAAUUGCUGGACUGAGAGCAAUAAGGUGAAAUUGAAUAGUUAGUGUAAAAUUCUAUGGAAGGAAGAAAAUACAGGUGUUAAAGGUUGGGUGAUGGAAUGUGCCCUAUUUAGAAUAGAGGGUAAAGCAGGACAUUUGUUUUAAAAGUAAUAGAUGGGAUAAACAGAAAGGAAACCAACUAUACACACUGCGGAAGUGUCAUUACGUGUUUAUGAAACUGGUAAUGCGGAUAUCGUCAUAGUUCUUCUCAAGUUCUGAUGCCAACUUACUCAAGGGAGAGGGAUAUUUAUUUUCUGUAACUUGCUUAGUUAAGGGGGGCAUACAGCCUUACUAGUGUCUGAAGCGAAUGUAUUUUUCUUUACUAUCCAUGUCUGUAUUAAAGCCCUGUUCAUGCCUGAUUGCUCAGGUUUUGGAUGUGCUUGCCGCAAUUGCUUGUACUGAGAUGUUGGAAGAAAAACUGCUGAACUGCAAAUCUCAAACAUGGCUCCAGCAGGUGAAGAAGCUUCAAAUGCCAAUUGAACUUGUGUGUACAGCAAACUACUUUCAAAGCAAUGAGAGCCAAUGUGACCAGCUGCUCCAGGAAGUCAGGUAGGUCUGAGAGGCAAAAUAUGAAUUUAAAAGUAUAGUAAUGUUUUCCUUGAGAUUAAUUGCAUAUGACAUUGUCACUUGGUUACAUUGCUGUUUCACCCAUUUGAGCUGUUGUGGUAGUCACCCAUUUGCAAAGCUGCUUCCCUCUUAAUACCCUCAAAUCCCAGAUUACAUGUUUCCUGUGUUAUGACACGCACACACAACUUAGUAAGUGGUAUAGUGGUUAGAGAGUCAGACUAGGAGCUGGGAGACCAGGGUUCAUCACCUCGCUCAACCCUGAAGCUCACCUUUCCUACCUCACAGGAUUGUUGCAGGGAUCAAGGAGGGGAAAAGAACCUUGUAUGCCACCUUGAGGUGGGAUAUAAAUGCAAUAAAUAGUAAAAGUAAAAUGCUAUUAUGGAAUCUACAAAGGAAUAUGGAAUGAAAAAAUUACAGUAGUCAAGUGGCUCUGUGAGCCUCCGAAUUGAAGCUCAGUGGAACAGAUGUAGCUUGUUAAGUAAAAGAAUAGUAAAUGGAGAGGCUGUGCAUCUGUGCUGCUGCACUCACUUGAGUACUGGCCCUCUCCUUAGUUACAUUUUACUAGUGGGUUACUAGUCUUUUCCAAAUCAAGUCUUCAGUGCCACUGAAUUUUAUGACGUGCUCUGCAAAAGGCAGUGAUGAUCCCUUCUUAUACAGCAGGAGUCAUCCCUCAAUCCAGUCAUCUGGUAUUGUCCCCCCCCAUAUAUAAAUAAGCCAUAACUCACAUUUCUCUUUGAAACAGGAGCCGAUGGAAUCGGGUUUUCUCAGUCUCUCUCUUUGUGGAACAUGUGCUACUUGGAGCAGAAAAGGCGAUCCCAGAGAUGGUGGAUCUGAUAAAGCAAUACACCACAAGGCUUGGAAAGGUAAGGACCCUUUUUGCAUUUGGAGGGAAACAUCACUUUAAGAAACAUCCUUUGCUUAUUUGGCUGGCCAUAAACAAGUUAAAUAUGUACCAGUUUUAUUUCAGCACUCAGAACUUGCUUUUCUGUUCAUAGGUAGAAUGGCACUUCCAAUUUGUAAGACAGAAACAGCAAUAAGCAUAGUGCCUCAAAUGCCUAAAAAAGAGAUAUGUUUUAAUCUGUUAAUGUCGAUGCUAGGCAGGCCUCACGGGAGAUCAUUCUAUAGCUGGGGAGGGGUUGUGUACACAUAAUACUUGUAAAGCACAGUAGAAAUGCAUUCUUUCCAUCAAAGAAUUCUAGGUACUGUGGUUUGUUAAAGGUUUAUGGGAACUGUAACCCUGUGAGUGGUAGACUGCAGUGUCCAGAAUUCUUUUAGGGGAAGUGUGUUUCAAAACUUCUUUAAAGGUAUAGUGUGUCCACAUCCUAAGUCUUAUUGAACUCGGCCCUUCUGCAAAGACAUGUAUCAUUGCUGUAGUAAAAAUAAUGUAAUAAAGUCAGUUGGAGUAGCUUAUUUGGCUAGCUUGUUAAACCCAGUUAGAACAAAUGCAUGUUCUGCUAUUGCAGUUACCAUAGCGAUAAAUGUGCAGACUCCUGUGGUUACUGCAUUGUUUGCCUACAUUUGAGGGCCUCUUCCCAUUCACAUUGUUUUUAUUCUUUUCAGUGUUUCCAGUGGAAUUCUGACAUCAAAACUCUUAACACAUUCACUGCAGUGAUGAAAGUGUUGUGCGACUGCAAGGAUGAAAUCAGUUCAGCAUUUUGCAAGUAAAGCUUUUGGGAUGUGUGAGGAGGGCUGGGGGAAAGGCAGUUUGUGGGGAAGCAGUGGGAUAUAAGUUAAAUGUGAAAGGAGAAAGAUAAAAAAAAUGACAUUAGGUGAACUGAAAUCUUUUGAGAGCUGUGGGAGUUUGAGAGGGGGAAAAUUAAAUUAAAGGCCUUAUUUGUUUGGCAUCUCUGGGUGAGCAGAUUUUGCCUAAAAUGGAAUGACUGACUCAUAACACCUCCAGAACCAAUGUCUAUACUUAUUGAUUAAAACUAAACUAUGGAACUCCCUGCAAGAAAAAAAUUGCGGUGAUGAAGAGUCUAGUGAUUUCCAAAAAGGAGUUAGAUACAGUGGUACCUUGGUUGUCAAACUUAAUCUGUUCUGGGAGUCCAUUUGACUCCUGGAACUGUUUGACAACCAAGGCGCGACUUUCAACUGGCUGUAGGAACUUCUUGCACUCAAUUGGAAGCCGUGACGGACAUUCAGCUUCCGAAAAUCAUUCGAAAACUGGAACACUCACUUCUGGGUUUUCGACAUUUGGGGCCGAAAAGUUCGGCAACUAAGCUGUUUGAAAACCAAGGUUUCACUAUUGGCAGAAAAUUUUGCCAGCAAUUGACAAGUGAUUACACCAAAUUUCACCUUUUUAUGACUUGCAGCCCCUAUGCUAGCAUUUUGUGAUUGUGGGGGCAGGCAGGGCUCAGUAAUUUUCAGUUCUCUCAAAUGGACCCUGAAAGGGGAAGGGUAUAAAGUUUGAGCAUCCCUGACUUCAGCAAUGGGCUCUACAAUUAAAUAUAUGAUCACAUUAACUGUGGCUCUUGAAUUCACAGGUAUGGCUUAAGACCGUGUCCAAUAUGUAUGGGAGAUCCUAAGGACCCAGUCAACCUACCUUGUGAUCACGUAUAUUGCCACAGUUGUAUCAAACAGUGGCUGGUGGCAGGACAGAUGUCCUGUCCGCUUUGCCUGGUUGAACUACCAGAAAAAUAUUCUAUUGAAGUAUCCAAGGAGCUCAGGUAAUGCCUUCUUCUGAUUAACAAUCUAUAAUACUGGUAAUGAUUUAGAGACACUGGCCUUAAUUUCUGAGGACUUAAUAUAACCCACUAGCUAUGCAUUUCUUAGCAUUUACACACGUGCUUUGUGGUGCAAGUUGCGGAGUUGACCAGAUAUGUAAUGGCUUGUGCAUUUUCUUCACAGUAUUUGCAUAGAAAAAAACACCCAGUUCCGUAAGUUUUGCAACAGUUUUUUCAUAGACCUGGUUUCUACUAUGUGCUUCAAAGACAAUGAACCCCCAGAAAAAGCUGUGAUCCAGAUGCUGCUGAAACUCCUGUUUUUCCAUACAAAGCCUUUGAGAGGUACGUGCACAGGAUCUUUUAUCAGCUGUCUUGUCUUGAAUAAAUAGACUUUUCCAUGUCUUUAUGCAGUGUUUUAUUACUUCUUUAGGAAACCCCAGGGUGCAUACAAAAUCUCUGUCCCCUUUUAACGAUGUGGUAGAUAAAACUCCUGUAAUUCGUUCCGUCGUGCUAAAGUUGCUUCUAAAAUACAGGUAAGGACUUUCAAUUGGGACUUUCAACUACCCUGCUGCUUCUUCAGCGUUUAUCCCACUGAUGCAUGUUUUCGUUAAAUUGAAGUCCUUGUGGUUCUUUCCUGGGUUCAGCUAUUGCUUUUCAGAAACUCUUGCUGGCUCUCACCUCGGCUCUGUUGUACAACUGAAAUGCAUACUUCUGACAGUGGAAAUCUUUCAUUUUGAGUAAGGAGAGUUUUCUCUGUUUCUAUAGCUUCAACGAUGUGAAAGUCCAUGUACAAAAUUAUUUAUCAGAAGUAGAAUCAAGCGGCAUCCUAGACAAAGAUGAUAAAACAAAAGUGUACGUGCUAUUUGUCAACUGCCUUGAAGUAAGUAUACUUUCCAGUUUCCUUGUUUACUUUGCAGGGGUGACCUGGCCCAGUGGUAGAAUCUUAGGUCAUUCCAGAAUCUUAACUUUUCAGAGACAUGGAAGAGAUAGUAUAGAGCAAACAUUGCCUGCUGCACAUGUGUGCUGGAAGGAAAUAGACUAGAUCAGAAGGUGCUUGCGAUUAGAUUUAGUCAUUUGCAGUUGACUUCUGUGGCACAAACAGGAUUUCCUCAUCAUCUAAGCUUACACACCACAUUUUGUUUAUAUAUUUACCAAGCUGUCAGCUGAUGGAUCAGGUAGGAGGGAAAUACCUUUCCUUACUCGACAAAGCCUGGCACAGCUUUUGCAUUAGCAUCAAAUUCAAAAAUUUCAAAAUUGAAAUGAGCCAGUGUGGUGUAGUGGUUAAGAGCAGUAGACUCGUAAUCUGGUGAACCGGGUUCGUGUCUCCGCUCCUCCACAUGCAGCUGCUGGGUGACCUUGGGCCAGUCACACUUCUUUGAAGUCUCUCAGCCCCACUCACCUCACAGAGUGUUUGUUGUGGGGGAGGAAGGGAAAGGAGAAUGUUAGCCGCUUUGAGACUCCUUCGGGUAGUGAUAAAGCGGGGUAUCAAACCCAAAUUCAAACUUAACUAGCACUUGGGAAAGAUUGAGGGCACAAGGAGAAGGGGACGAUAGAGGACGAGAUGGUUGGACAGUGUUCUCGAAGGUACCGGCAUGAGUUUGACCAAAAUGCAGGAGGCAGUGGAAGACAGGAGUGCCUGGCGUGCUCUGGUCCAUGGGGUCACGAAGAGUCGGACACGACUAAACAACAACAACAACAAACUAGCACUGUGUGUUUUGAUUAUUGGAGAUGGUAGCAAUUUCACCCCCUGAUAUUAUUUUGAAAAGCAGUGAGUGAAAAGCCAUAAUGACGAUCAUGAGUCAUUCUUGAAACAUUUGGAACUGUGUGACUUGCUUCUUGAUAAGCAAGCCUCAUAGUUGUUCGGCUUCCUAAAAUUGCCACAGCCCCUACUUGUUUGCUUUUACCUGAGUAUUGAACAUGCCCACGGAGCAUUUGCCUGGACUAAGACUGCAGUCCUAACCCCUUACCUAGGAGUAAACCCCACUGAAUUCAGUAGUACGUUUGAGUAGACAUGGUUAGGAUUGCAUUGUAACUGGUGACCAAAAUGUUUCCAGAUUGGUUUAUUUCUAAAGCACCACCAGGAAGCAGAAAAAGCUUUGCAAGCUGGCAUACCUGUUGGCUCGGUGGCAUUCCAUGUACAAAAUGGUGUGUGUGUGCUUGCAUGUCCGCAAAGGUGCAAACUACAAAUGCAAGAAGUUUAAACAGCUUAAACUGUAUGGUAUGGAAACUUAGUUGUAACCAGGAAACAUGGUUUCAUUUUUUAGGAUUCUAUGUGUGAGAAAUCAGGAGCCUCCUCUGAGGAAAGCAAAGCAAACCGGCUAAGAGAGGAUGGGCGUUUCCUGGAAAACUACUUACAGUGGAGCAGCAACAGCGGUGACACCCGUCAAGAAGCCACCAUCGAGUAUUUGCAGGGUGUGGCCCACAUCCAGCUGUGCUUGGACAGGGCUGCAGAGCUGCUCUUUGAGCUUCAUGGAGCUUCAGGCAAGUGGGAUUAUGGUAACCAAACAGGAAUGCAAAUGUACCAAAGAAAUGGCAUGUGAAAGAGUUCCUGGUGCUAGAUGAUUUUUAUCUGUCAUACACUUUUAAAAUUGUGACCUUUCUAUAGCAUGGCAUAGGGAAUAAGGCCUUGUUUUCUUUCUCUCUCUCUGUAGAUGGUAGUGAAGAAACAGAGAAGCAACUCUACCUGCAGAAAGUGAAGCGCUUCUGCUGUCAGACUGAAAAUGACUGGUAUAGAGUUUACCUUGUCCGAAAGCUUACUAAUCAGUAUGGAAUGGAGUUCACACAGAGGCUUUCCAGUGAACAACAGUAUCUCUGGGUAUUUCCAUCGGAAGUAAUUAAACAGCAACAGGUAAUACAUAUCUGUAUCGUUAAUAAAUUUGAGAUGUUUAUUUCUGAGCUAUGGCUUGGUACACAAGGGCCAAAUGGAAUGGCUCUUAAGAAGGAAUUUGCAAAAAUAAAAGGAAUUUGUUUUGCUUACAUUGAGAUUUCACCCUCUAAGCUAAGAUUUAUUCACUCAGGCCUUUGGUAACUAAGCUGGUUUCUAUGGUGGUGCUCAUCUUUUUGUGAGAUAGGUAGGACUAAUUUUAUUCAGUGAGCAUUUUAGGUAUAUUGUGCUAUACAUGCUUUAAAUUUUCUGGUUUUAGUUGUUUUAAUCAGUUUUUUUAUCUUGUAAGUCACUUGUAUUUUUUUGUAAAAAAUGUAACUAACAAAUAUAUGUAAUAUUAAUAAGCAAAAUAUAUUGCUUUGGCUAGAGAGCCUCGUGAUAACUUAGAAUGAUUGGGCAGGCAUCUAUUACCCUUCUGAAGUUUGAAAUUCAACUGCAGAUUUGUUGGGCAGAUUCUGUAGUUACAGCACAUUGUUUAGAAUGUGCUUUCAUAUUCACACUUUUUAAAAAUGGGACUUGGUAUUUUGUGGCCUCAGAGUCAUCAGCACAAUCAGAUGGAUCGGUUCCUGGUAUGCGGCAAAAACUACAGAGUAGUUCGUGAUGCUUUGGGAAAAGCAAUAAUAGAAUGCCAGGCAGAUGGUAUUGCAGCAGCCCUGAAGGUAAAGCCAUUUAUUUUGAUUUCAUAUAUUCCUGAUGAUUUUUUCUUCCCUCCUUCCUUUGUAUAUCUCAGCUCUAUUAACAAGGUUUUCUUGCUUACUAUUGGUGUCUUUAAGUUGUCCAAAGCCCAAAUAUUCACCUGUGUUCUACUGUUUACUUCUUGUGCUUAUCAAAUGACAAGCCAUUCUUGCAUUGGCUGGAGUAUCGGGGCUGAAUUUCAGCGCGCUACAUGUUGCAUUAGAAACAUUGACUCUGCUUAUAAGUGAUGGACUUCCUUUACUGUGCCAUUUUGUAGUGUCCUUCAUAUGUUCUCAUCCAGAUCUGGGUGGGUCUGCUACCUACAGGAGAAAUUUGGCAAAUAAAGAAAUCCCAAUUGAAAUACCCUUGCCAUGGGUGAUGGAACCUUACUGGCUACCAGAUUGGAACAGUGUCAGAGAAACAUUUACAAAAGUUGUGCCUUUAGUGUCCUUUUUGGACACAUCUAGAGAUAUAUUUGGACUGAUGCACUAGAUGAAAUCUUUGUGACCUGGUACCAUUUCAUGUGGGCGUUUUCUGUAGCAAUAUCCAUGACUGCUAAUAGCCAAAGAUGAAAGCUUAACUAUUGAUAAUCUCUCAUUUCUUGCCCUCUUCUCCACCCUGCCCCACCCCCAAUCCCAGCCUUGUAACUUGUGCCUUCUUUUUCAGGCAUGCAAUGUCGCGAAGUCUGUCCAGGCUGUUCAUUUUCUCUUGGCUGUCUUCAGAGAGUUCACAUCUCUGUAUGGAUGCAAGGAGCAGAGUCUUCAUCCGAAGCAGGAGGUAAAUGCCUUUGUCUUGGUGCCAGUUUGCAUGUUGCCUUGUGCACAUGUGCUGCUUCUUUAGGAGAGAGAAAGAUUUAGGAUAUCAAUUAUAGAACUGAGCAAAGGUGGUCGUUUCCCCCAACUUUCAUUUAAAAAUCCAUUGAAAGGCAUUGACCUAUAUGCAUUAUUAAUCAUCUUCCAAACAGUUGAUCACCUUAGUUGGCCAUAGUUCAUAUGAAGAUUGAAGUGAGUCUAGUUGACAAAUCUCACCUUACUUUUUGAAAAAUAAUUUCCUUCUUAUUUCAGCAACGUGAUGUUAUCAAGGAGUUCAUCCAGAGCUCCAACGUUCUUCCUUCUCCAGAGCUGGAGAGAUUUGCAGAAUCUCUGAUGGAUAACCAUCUCCCCUCACUGGCACUGAGCCCCCAAGAUUCCAGCCGCAAGAGGGUAGUGAUUGAAAUGGCAAUUCACACUGCCGCUGUCUUGCUGUCUGGCCAGAAUCGAAUCCUUGAACCUCUAAGGAAUCUGGCAUUCUCACCUCAUACCAUGCAGGUAAAGUAGUGAAUGUUCCGUUUUCCUUUGCAAUUCCCAUCAGUUCCUGCACUCAUUACUGUUUUACUUGUCUGCCAUCACACAGAAACAGCCCUCUCCUGCAUGCAAGCAUAACACACUUUAGCACUUGGCGAAAGAGUUCAACUGAAGAUCUUAAUACAUGAGCAGGAGGGCACUGCAUAUUAUUCUAGUUCCACUUUGAUAUUCUCCUUCUCCCCUUCUAGGGUGCUUUUCUGCCAACAAUGCCAGAAGACUUACUGGCUCAGGCUGUGGGAUGGGUAGCAGGAGCAGGACUUCGAUGGUAUAGUAAGUACCAUGCUCAAGCUUGGGAGCAGUCUAGAGAGCUAUUUUUUCCCAGUGGUGUCUUGUCCCCCGAAAAUGGUGGAAAUAAUCCAGGGUAUGAUGGGCAUUGCUUCCAUAUAUUACUCUCCUGUCAAAUUACUGUGUUGUAUCUAUCCAUUUAGGCACAAAGACAUAUGGUUAAGUGUCAGUGGGUGGUACCCAAUUCACUCAUUCUUUUAGUGCAAGGUUUUCCACUUCCACAGCAGAUCCCCCCCGUCUUUCCUCCCUAUGCACCCCUGUGACCUCUUCUGAACAGCUUCAGGGGGUUGAGGGAACCCCAGAACAGCCCACAGUCAUUGUGCUGACAGAAUGAGCUUGUUGAAUACCCCCCAGUGUGGACUUUUUAAAAAGAAUCUUGAUAGUAGUGUUAACUUCUCAGAAAUGUGAAGUUGUUAUAAAAAAAAACUUUGUGCAAGUGAAAUAAGCAGACCUGAAACAUUCCAAGAUAUUUUGAUGUGUACCAUGGGAACAAGUAGCAGAUUGAUAGAAAUAUCCUAUUUGUUUCUGAAAGCAUCCAGAGGUGUUUUGAGAUCAGAUUAUGUUGUCAGAAUUAGCAGAAAUUUGUUCAUAUUUGCCCCAUCAUGCAUCAGUUUGCACUAGUUUACAUUUUAUUGCAUUUGCCAUUUUACUGCCCAGUAACUUAGCUUGAAGAGAAUAAAAAAAUUCCUUCCAGUAGCACCUUAGAGACCAACUAAGUUUGUUAUUGGUAUGAGCUUUCGUGUGCAUGCACACUUCUUUCUCUCCCCAGGGAGGUUUGCCUGGCACCAUCAUUACACACCUUUAGGCGCCUGCCAAAAACUCUCCACUUUAGACAGGCCUUUGGUUGAUUGACAUCCGAUGCCCUUUAAAAAAGGGGGGUUAUUGGGUUGUUUUUGUUUUUAUUUUGUUAUGUAUUUUGAGAUUUUAUAUUGUGAACUGCCCUGUGACCUGCAGGUAAAGGACAAAUGAAUAAGUAAAUAAAUCCUUUCUCUUUUUUCCAAAUCAGCAUGUCCAAAUGGCCAUCCCUGCACUAUUGGAGAGGUAAGAGCUUUCACAGAUUGUGUGUGUAUUCUGGUUUAUUUCUUUAAAAGCAGUCUGUGCUACAGUUUGUGUAGCACUUCAUUCUCCUUCAACAUUCUGUCAUGUUUUCAAGGAGUGCCUUGUAAAGCAAACUAAAUCAGAACUUUGCUAUGUGUGUGGCUUUUGUUUGUUUGUUUGUGUGUUUGUUUAGUUUAGUUUAGUUUUGCAAUUGCUUAACAUUUUGAAAAAUAGUUGAAUCUUAGCCUAAGCUUUACCAAGCAGAAUUACUUCUGUUUUCUGCUUCUAAUAUUCCAUCCCUCUCUCCUUUCAGUGUGGCCGUCCCAUGCAGCGUGGUUUGUGUGUUGAUUGUGGUGUUGUAAUAGGAGGCGACAACCACAAAGCAGUGGAAGGCUUUCAUGAAGCACGGUAUGUUUUUAUGUUAGCUUUUUGGAAUGUGGAAUGGCAUAUACUUUUUUAGAGUGUGCCCUAAAGAUUGGGAGGUGGGAUAUUUGCAGCUAUUUAAGGUGAAUCUAUUCUAGAACAGGUCUCUGCCCCAUCAAGUUAUAACAACUUUAGAGGUAGAAAAAACUAAUUUACCUUCCUAGAAUACUGCAGUGAUUUCCAGUUCACCUAUUUCAAUGGCCAUGUUCAGAAGAACAACAAAGGCUUCAAAACCUUCUAUUUAGGAAGUUGUGGCUGUCCCCUUCCCUAUCCUUUCCCCUCUUCCUAUCAUGUUCCACUUUUGACCCAAAGACCCGGGCUUGUAUUGAGCUAGCACUCCCUAUUUUAUGUCCAAAGUGGAGAACUGUGGCUUCCACUGCUCACAAUUAUCUGAGAGUAAUUCUCAGUUGGACUUACUUCUGAGUAGGCAUGUAUAGAACAGGCAUUAACAAACAAGAAAGAAGCCAGGAUCGUACUAUGGCUUUCCUAAUUUCUUAACUUUGAGCCACCACCCCUCAUUUUUAUUUAUUUAUUUAUUUAUUAGAAGUAUUUCUACAUCUCUUUAUAUAAGGCAUGUCAAGGCAAUUUACAGGAUAAACAGUUCACUAAAAAUACAACAACGGCAUUAAAAACAAAUAAUUAAAGCAGUGUAUACAAGUCAAGGGGGUAUUUUAAGUGGAAACAUAUAUAACAGCAAAUAAUGGUAUUUUAAUAUUUUAUAUACCACAUAUGUAAUAUGUUUGUAUCUCUUGUUUUAGUGUGAUGAUAAUUACUGUCUGGAUGUCUGGGAAUCAGAAUUUUUAAGCGCGCAAAAGUACUGUUUUGUAGCAAGUGUGCACACACUGUAUAUAUUAUUCUGUACAGGAAUAUUCAAGACAGGUCACAAACCGGCCAUGUGCUUGGACAACCUGAAAAAAGAGAGGCUAAGGUUGCAUCUGAGAGGGAGAUGUCUCCAGCUGUCCUGAUUCUGAUUCGCUUGCUCACUCAUUUGUCGCUGCUUUUGGGAGCCACAAAAGAUCGCCAGGUAUUUUCAAAUAAAACUAGGAACCACACAAUUCUGUCUGAAAAGCAUUGCUGCGUGGAAACUAAAGAAAGCAUAUCUGAAACGGAGCUCAAUUUUUUAAAAACGGUUUACUCUCAGUAUCAUGUGAAGGAGAUGAUUGGAUGCCAGCAGGACUGGCCUGGGAUGUGUUUCCACUUGAGGCAAAGUGCCCCACUGGGGUUUUUUUUAAGUAUUUUUUUUUAAAAAAAAUGUGGUUGUUAACGAUUCAUGCAGAAAUGCAUUUGUUACAUUUCAGUAAUACAUGGAGGGAAAGUAAGACUGUUAACAAGCUUCAUAUAUGGAUAAAUGUUUCCUAGAAACUGAAAAGGUACAGUAGUACAUCAGUGUACAAACUUAAUCCAUCCCAGAAGUCCAUUCUUAAACCGAGGCGCACUUUCCCUAAUAAGGCCUCCUGCCGCCGGUACCCUUCCACCGUUCGGCUUCUGUUCUUAGACCGAGGUAAAGUUUGCAAACCAGGACACUACUUCCGGUUUUGCGGAGUUUGUAAAUCAAAUAGUUCGUAAACAGGGCUGUUCUUAAACCGAGGUACCACUGUACUCGGUUUCUCAUACUAUAGUGGACACUUGUGGUAGACAGUUCAUUACAAUAGACCUCUGGCUUCCUCAGGGAUGAAAUCAUUUAUCACAGUUGUCCAGCAAUUUGGCAUCAGGUGGCAUUGACAUCACACAGAUGCCUUCACUAUACUCUUUCCAGCACCUCCUAAAAACAAUUUUGUUUAGACAAGCCUUCUUUUUGUUUAGACAAACCCCCGAAACGUAUUGCUGGUUUUUAAUUUUUAGAAAUGUUUUGAUUGUUUUUACUAAUAAUCUUCCUGUUUUAUUCUUUUUGUAAACACUUUGAGAUUUUUCACUAAUCAAGCAGCAUAUAAAUUUUAUGAAGUAAAUAAAUGACUGACUGUUAGUCUGCAUGCCUUGCAAUAGAACUGCAUAUUGAUCGCUCUGAACCUUGCAUUUUGUUCUUGAAGUCCCUGCUACAGAUCAUAAAACCACCAGUUGAAGAUCCAGUGAGCUUUCUCAUGCAGCAUAUUCUUAAGGACUUGGAGCAACUGAUGAAUACUCUUGGGAAGUGUGCUGAUGAAACCACCAACGUUGUCCAUCUCAUUCUUUGUAGCUUUCUCAAGGAGCCUCACCAACAGACAGGCCAAUGUAAGGAGAGCAGCUUGCAAAAUGUGGUUGCUUACAUUUCUAGUAAAGCAGACAUAAAUUCACAGCAUUGACUGUGACGUUAUAUUUCAGAGUUGAUUGAGGCAGCCAUGGCAGAGUUCUCAAGAAGAGCUGUAUUGUACCUAUUUCUAAAAAUAAGUAACUUUUUUCUUGUGAGUGGCAUGUCUGCUCUUAACCUGAUUUCAUAGUCUCAUUGCUUUUAUUAUUUAAGUCUCCACUUUUCAAAAUAGUCCUAUUUGCAUUACUGGUGGUUCUGGGCAAGUUCUUUUAUUGGGCUUUGCAUUAUUGAAUCAUAGUACUGAUAAAGUGAAGAAUGCACACAGAGUAUCUUGUUUUUAGAAUAUACACUGUAGUGCAGUCUUCAUUUAUAUUCAAGAAUGCUGCCCACAUUGAAUGUGGCCCCUUUUGUAACUUAGUGUGAGUCACUUAAUGUCUAUACACAGAAUAGGCCUGUGCAUCACCAUGGAACAUAUAUAGAAGCUAAACCAAAUUGACACAUUCUGAUGUUUUAGAGCUGUUACACCCUUAAUGCUAUGGUUCUCACAUAAUACUAAGCCAUGGUUGGGGAACUUCCUUGGCUUCACAGUCCAGAUACUUAUCAGGCCUAACCUCACCAGCCAAAUAAUCCGAUGCCACAAAUGUCACGAUGAAAUCAGGUGAUUUGGCACUUUGAAGUCCCAAAUUUGAGACUUCAAAGCUGUGUGCAGGGUGGUUGGCAAACUUGCCAAGACUCCUGCACAGUACUUUAAAGCUCCUGAGACUGGCUGUCUGGUUCAUCAGCUGAUGGGUUGUAUAGCCAAAGCUUGCUUUUUGAAGACAUCAGUUCUUCGUGUGAAUUCUCUUGUGAGAAACACUCAUGCACUGCUGAUCCAACAGGCUUUGGUUCUCCCACUCAUCAGUGAAUAGGCAAUGUGCCUUCCUUUGCCAAUGUGCAAUUGGGAGCAUACUUUAAGUUUCCAUAUUCUGCACUGGCAGCUGGGUCUCUAUGUGUCCCACACCUGAAAGCACACAUGAUGCCAGAUGUAGGGCAGGUGGGUGUGGUUUGGAGGAAAUUGCCUUAUGGGCCAAGUUUGGCCCCCAGCUUAGUGUCAUGUGUGAACUCUGUUCAGCAGCUAAACCAUGGUUUGUUUACUAGCAACAAACUGUGAUCUGAAGCCAUGGUUUGUUGUUGACUUACAAGUCUUGAUUUGUUAAACAUGGCUUAGCAUUAUGUUAGAGCCUGGCACCCUCCCUCAAUCAUGGUUUGUUUGACCAUCCCAUUCCUGGAACUCACCAAGCUACUAGGGCAUAAAGCAGGAACAACAGGAAAGCAAACUUUGGCAGAAUAAGCUAUGGUUUGUUUGUUCAUCUGUGGGGCAACUCUUUGUUACAUCAUGGUUUGUUAAACAAACGAUAGCCUUAGUAUUUUGUGCAAACCAGGCUAGACAAUGGGAGGAUGUGUAGUUUAUGUGGUAGUCAGGGGAAGGAACCAGGUUUUUUCCUUUUAGAGGCUAAUACAGGCAGAAGAAACUGGGAAUUGCUAUCAAUAAUCUCCAGCCCUUUAACAAAAGCAGGGACAGAGAACUAUUAAUUGUUACUGCUACUGCCACUUUCCAUAGCUGACCCAUGCCAAAUUGAACUGCAUGCAAGGAAGCAGAGAUAAUAAGAAGGUGUUACAUGCAAUAAAUGUCCUUUUGCAGGGCCAGUGCGUUUUGAUGGUCAACUCUCCAAAAAAGAGCAAAGAAACAACUGGGAGGGAAUUGUUGCACGCAUCAUUCUUCCUGAACUGGAGGUAACAUAAAACACACUCAAAAACUUGUAUUUUCUGACAGUACACAGACUAGCCCUGUGUAUAUUUCAUUAGCAGCCGAUACAACAUACAUUAUUAUCCUGAUUACAGUGGAACAUUGUGCAUGUAUUUGUACCUGUUUGUGCAGGGAUGUGUAUGCAGGUAGGUCUGUCACUUCUGCAGGGCUGACAGAGUAUCUGUUGAGCAGGGGAGGGAAAGCACAAGAAUGAGAAAUCUUUCUCUACUGCUGAUUUAGCAACAGAUAAGGCCACCUGUCAGCAGCAGGAAGUAGUGGGGUUUCUAGCAGAUGCUACGUUGACCUCCCCAUUCUAUUUGUGGUGCAGAAGAGAAAGUAAGCACGAGAAUCCUAUUUUUGAAAUCUAACGUGCCCAGUAAUUCCUUCCAAGGCUAGUGGAUAAAGUAAUGGUGUGCACUCAGGGAAGACAUUGGCAAGGGCAGGUUUAGCCCCAUCCAUUCUUAGUGUCCGACAUGAGGACCAGAUCUUGUCUAGAUUACUGCAUAAAAUUGUUUGGGAGUUCCUAGGGACUGAGGAAGUUGUCCUCUGCAAAGCUUCACUCUGGGUUCAGUUUCUUGCUGUGAUGCUACUUCAGGAUUCUAGAAGCUAGUUUUUUAUUUAUAUUGAUAGGAGUACAUUUGAAAGAACAAUUACUAAUUAGAAAAAUGAAAGACUUCUCUUUCAGAAGUAACUCUCCUUGAUACCCCACACCUGCAAUUUUCAUAAUAGCUCUAAGGAAGUGAGCAUUUCACCUUUUGAGAGCUAAGGUGUUCAGAACCCUCAGAUGAACUAACAGAUUCAAUUAUUCAAGAUGCAGUUAGAAUCACACCAAUUCCUAGAUCAGCAUUAAACCCCACUUCCCAGCCCUGCCUUAAAGUGUGUGUGUGUGUGUGUGUGUGUGUGUGUGUGUGUGUUGAAAGAGGCUGCAUCUUAAUGGUUAUAACCCUCACUCCCUCAUUUCCCCCAUGCAGGUUCUGGAUAAAACACUUCUGGAGUUGAAUCGACGAAUCAGUGAAGAUGAGAGAAUCUCUUCGAACCCAGUAGUGAAAGUUGUAUAUGGGGACCCUGCAGCCUUCCUGUUCACACUGACCAACAGCCCUGUACACUGUUCCAGGAUGUGGAGCUGCAAGAAGAGGAUCUCCAUUGAGUACCUGGGGCACGUUGUCCAGCAGAAAGGUGGCAAGGACACACUGCCCAUCUUAUGGAAGUUUCUGCAAAAGGUGAGCAUGCCCAGAUUUUUGCCUGGCCCUAAUACGGGAAUACAUGAGUCAGAAACUGCCAUGCAAGGGACCCAAGUGUAUGCUGCUCUUCAUAAUUAAUAAAGGGGAAACCCCAAUAUGUGCCCUUCAUCUUCCUUUCUCUUUUCCUUCGUUUUAUGAAUGUUAUGACUUUGUUCUUAUGAGCAGAAGUCUCCUGUCAGCUGCUUGUCAAAAGCUGAAGUACAUCAGUAAGCAUCAAACCAGGCAGGUGCUUUGAAAUAUUAAAAUCACAGUCAUAGCAUAAGGUAACUUUGUACUGGUAUCUGUGAGGUAAUGACUAUCAGAGACCCAAAUCUACUUUACCAUCCAAAGGUAUUGAGUGCUGUGAGAACUGGAUUAAGGGAACUGUUAUGCAUGUUUCUGGAGCUGAGAUUGAGAGGAACGUAAGGACAAGGGGCAAAUUCUACUGUUAGAAGUUUUUUUCUUGAUCCAACACCUAGCUAUUUAACCCUUUUCUGCACCUGGAUACCACUUGCCUUACCAUCUGUGGGGUGGGAGGAUAAACUGGGUCACAGUAUCUUUUCUUCCUUUGGAUGGAUGAACACUUGGGGGUUCCCAGCUUUCAUUGCAGGGUGGGGGGAAAUGGACACAAAAUUACACCCCACCCCGAUGUACAACCAGUUUUAGCAUCUACUUGCCUCUGGCAAAGCAGUAGAAGUGCUUAGACUUAGGCUUCACCAAGAAGCUGAAGAAAAGUUUCGUGACCACUUUUAGUACUCAUUUAUAGCAAAAGGAGAUGUGUUAGAAUGAUGUUCAGUUUAUUUUGUGUUAAAAAUAUUGUGUGAAGUCUUAUGUAAUGAGAGGAGCUUUGCACAGAGCAAGGUCUACUUGCACCAAGCAGAUCUCUGCCCAGAAUGACUUAAAAGUAAAUGCUUCAUUUAUACCCUUUCCUGGUGGAAAUAUUACUAGAAUUGAGAAUAUAUUUUUUGCAGCUGAAGAAAAAUCAGGGGCAAAGUGAAGUAGGCAAAAAGCCAGAGGGGAUGCAUAAAAUUGUGUAAAGCUGAAACCAGGAGAGAGAUUGUGCAGGGGUCCUGCUUAUUUCUAAUUCUGGUAGCGCCUUACUCAAUUUGCUUUACAAUGAAGUUAUACCUGUGGGAAACCAUGUUCUACGGACUUGCUAGAUAUGAAGAGUUCUCUGUGUAUGUUAAUUUCUGCUUAUUUACAACCACCAGUGCUGAUUCUUCUACAUGGGAGUGGCUCACCCGGUGAGGCAGAGCUACAGUUGCUUCCUGGAAGCAGCAUCACUGUGAGGUGACAGCAACGGGGUGGGGGACUGUGCAGCAGCAGCACCAGCAGAGGCAAUGUGGUGCUCUCACUAGUGCACCUACACGGGCCCAACCUCACUGCAAUUUCGCUCCUGGCUCUCCUGGUAAGUGGCAGUGAUACCACUGUCUGGGCCAGGUGAAGCAAUUGCCUCCUAAGGGGAAAGCCACUCAUGCUUCUGUAGUCUUUCAACUCCUCUUAUCUCAUUAGCACUACUCUGCUUCAUUUUAGGAAGCUGAAUUGAGACUGGUAAAGUUUUUGCCAGAAAUUCUGGCCCUGCAGAAAUACUUGGUGAAAAGGUUCCAGAACGUGUCAGAGCUGGAAUACCGAAAGAUUGAAGAUUUUCUCAACAUUUCCGCAGGUAGACUCUUCCGUAUUAAGUUAGCAGAGCAUUAAGGCGUGUGGUUAACACCAAGCUUCACAUUUAUAUAAGUCAUCCCUGUUUUGUGACCUUGCACAGAGCAAAAAAGAGGAGAAAGUCGAGUGACUUCCUGGUUAAAAUGGUCACCUCAUUGUGGCAAUGCAUCCUUCAGGAAAACACAGCCAUUGUUUUUGUAGACAUAAUGGACAUGAUCCAACUAAAAUUAAGCAUUUUGAAGUCCCUCUGAUUUCAGUGGAAACAUUAGGGCCAUGCUUAAAUUUCUGCCAUUGAAAUCAUUGAGAUCCAGAAGUGUUUAACACAACCUGGAUCAUGAUCCAUUUUAGCAGUGGGAAGCUAGCAUUUGACCAGGAGAUAAAACUUGCUUAUAUUUGUAGCAGUAUUUCAUCACAAUUAAUUUGGGGAUUCAGUGCAACAACGUACAAUGGUGGACACUAGCUUAGAUGGCUUUGAACGAUGGCAUUCAUAGAGGAUAGGUCUACCUGAAAAUUAGGCAUCUUAGUGACACGGGGUUGCCUGAAACCAAAAACUAGAUAUAAACAUCGGAAAGAGUGUUGACUUUGUGCCAUGCCUGGGGCUUCACAGAAACAUGUGGCUGGCAGCUAUGGGUACUGGUUUAGGCAGACCUUUGGUCUGCUUCAGCUAGGCUGCUCUUGCAUUCUAACUUCCUGAACCAAAACUUACUUGGGCAAUAACUCCCUUAGAAAGACAUGCAGAACUUUGCAAUCUUGCAUAUGUCACAUGCUGUUUGUUUCUUGCAUUCUCCAGAAGGCAAGAGGUGCCUUAUGACAAACAGAGUGAAGAUAUUUCUGACUGUUUGGAACAAACUGAGAUCUUCCUUGGAAACCAGUGGUGAGUGGCAAGUUUACACCAUUACUCUAGAAAAAUAGUAAGAUUGCGAGGUCACCUGGUGCCAUCUAAUGGUAACUUGGGUCUUUAAUGCUGGAAGAAACACUCUCUAGUCUCCUGAAAAGAGUCUUAAAAAGGUUGUUCCAUUUAGCAGUCUCUCCUUUUACAGUACUCCCCCACCCACCCUUAACAUAGGACAGGGUGAACUAGUAGAACAUAACAUAGGACAUUUGAGUUUAGAGCAAAGGACUGUGCAGUUUAUUACAAGAAUGGGUUGGAUUGGCAACUUUGAGAUUAUAUUUAAGUGGCAAUAGAUAGGAGGGACCCAGUGUUAUGUGAGAACUAAAAAGAGAGGUACCAAGCUGAAGGCAUUACCUAUUCCAGAACAAUAGAAGGGAAAGAGGGAUGGAUCCUGUUUCUCUGGCCUUUGGACACAGGGGUGGUAGCAAUCAUUGGGUCUAUCCAUUAUGAGUGCUUGGAAGUCAGACACCCUGGAUUUAUAUUAACAGCCGCUUUGUCAUCAACCCAGGAAGAUGGAAGUAAUAGGCAAUUGAGGGCAGGUUGAUCCCUUCUAGAUCUCCUUGAACUCCUUAUGGCAUGGAGCUAGUCUUAAUGGUGAUGGGUGGUGUAUGUAUUAUGUGCCUCUCUUGGAGACCUAAAUAUGCAAUAUAUAAAAACAAUGGAUAUGGAACUAAGGGAGGGAACACUGGGGGAAGGAGGUGGAGGUCAAGCUAACUAGGAGUGGAGUGACUUAGACUGAUCUGAACCAAAAGGAUCGGCUUGGGCAGCUCAGGAUUGUACACGGAAGGCUUAGUGGAAUCUCUAAUAGGCUUGAUCAUCUAAUGGAGAAGUUUUCUUUGAUCAAAGGGAGAGGAAACUGCAUUUAAGUUGCAAAUUUCCCCACCAUAGCUGGCAAGUUCAAAAAGAGUGUGUGGAGAGAGAGAGAGCUUGAGAAAUACUCAUGUAAUUCUGGGUGGAGAUUCUGAUCCUUCAUUAAUGCUAAUCAAUGCUGAUGGCUGACUCUGAUGUCUUUACCAGUUGGUUUCCCAGCACUUCAGGCAUGAAACAUCUUCAGUCAGGGCUCUGUAAUGGCCAUAUUAGUGGACACCCCUUGAAUGGCAUUUUCAUUUUAUGGAGUGUGCAUUUCUCUUUGCUUAACUGUUUGGAGUCAUUCCUUGUGAACAUGCUGAAGGUGAUCUUUGCCCUGCUUUCCAACAGGUUUGCUUAGUUCACCACUUUCUAAGACAGAAGAAGAAUGUGGGAGUCGAGGUGCUGAGGCAUACUUAAAAUGAGCCAGCGUGGUGUAGUGGUUAAGAGUGGUGGACUCAUAAUCUGGUGAACCGGGUUCGCGUCUCCGCUCCUCCACAUGCAGCUGCUGGGUGACCUUGGGCUAGUCACACUUCUCUGAAGUCUCUCAGCCUCACUCACCUCAGAGUGUUUUUUGUGGGAGAUGAAGGGAAAGGAGAUUGUUGACCGCUUUGAGACUCCUUAAGGGGAGUAAAAGGCAGGAUGUCAAGUCCAAACUCCUCUUCUUCUAUCUUCUUGGUAAUGAACAAGAGAUAAUUAGAAACCUGGUCACUCACUAAUGUUUUCUGGUCCAAAUGCAGGUGAAAUUAAACUCCCCAAAGAUUAUUGUGCUUCUGACCUCACUCUGAAUAGUGACUUUGAGAUCCUUCUGCCUCGCCGACAUGGUCUAGGCCUCUGUUCCACUGCCUUGGCCAGUUAUCUCAUUGGCCUACACAAUGACUUUGUCUACACCGUAGAAAAAUAUACAACAGAUGCCGAAAGGUAUGCCUGUGUGUGUAUGUGCUAGAAUCCCCACUACUUCCUGCAGGGUGACAGAUAGCCUUAUCUGGUGCCAAAUCAGCAGUAGAGCAAGAUUUCUCAUUCUCUUGUGUUCUCCCUCCCCAUCUCAACAGAUACUCAGUCAGCCCUGCCGAAGUGACGGAUCUACAUGUGAUCACUUACGAGGUGGGGAGGGACUUGAUCCCACUGAUCCUGUCCAACUGCCAAUACAGUGUGGAGAAAGGAGGAGAAGCCCUCCAGGAACUGGAACUGGAAAAAAUUGAGCAGCAAAUUACUAGCAGAUUCCUACAGGGAAAGCCUUUAAUCACAUUGACAGUAUGUAUCAUAGAAGCUUAAUGCUGCCACAUAGCUUUCCUGGUGCCUUGUGAGAUCCAUUUUUCAGGUUAGAGAGCAUUAUUGCAAAGGCCUGCUCACUGGCAUAUUUUUUCUCUCUUUCUCACUAGGGCAUACCCACUCUGGUAUACAGGCAUGACCAAAAUUAUGAGCAUCUCUUCAAUGAUAUCAGAACCAAGCUGAGCCAGGUGAGCUUCAGAGAUGGGAGAGAAAGAAUACAAAAAGUGGCUGAUUGCAUUUCAGUAAAGUUUUGUUAUAAUUAGGAUUAGCUUCUUGCUGCACAGUGCCUGAUUCUGUGCUUGCUUGGUUUUUGUUGGCAUCCUUCUGUCUCGAGAGAUAAUGGAGUGCAUUGCAGGGGUGAAGUUAAAACACUGGAGAAUCACAGCGCCUGCUGUGGCUGUAAAGACCAGUAACUCGUAACUGCAUUGUUUUUGCUGUGUUAGUAGCACUGAAGUGACCCUCUCCAGGUGCAAGCCUAGGUAGUGUGUAUGGAGGUCAAACAACUCUGUGUAUUGCCCAGAGGAGAAGACCCCACUCUUGGCCUCGCUGAUGUGGUUCAUUGGGCACCAGAUUGGCUGCUGGUAUUGUCGGAAGGAGGGUGGAUAAGAUGCCAUCCAACCAUCUUAAGGACUCCACUGUGGAUUUGUGUAGGGUUUACUCCUUAGCCUCCCAAGAUGUCCCACAAGGCAGCAAGUACAUUGGUAGCCCUUUGGAAUUCAUUGGGACACUUCCUUGUAGGUGUGUGCCCAGUUUGCUGUCCAAGUCAGGGCCUGGCAAACAGCUUCUAUAAUGUGGAAGAAUCAUUGCAGAGAAAAGGAGUGGACUAUAUAGAGACUGACUGCAGUGUUUGCAACAAUCUGUGCUGAAUGAUGGGCGUUGACUGGCUUUCAUUCCCUUGAAUUACAGAGCUCUCUGCCAAAUUCCACAAUUGGCAUGAUCAGUGGGGAGCUGCUAUCCUACAGUGACAUCUGUGAAGCUCUGUCUGUCACCGAAAUAACCUUAGGAUUCCUAGCUGUGGCUGGAGGAGACCCAGAUAUGACUUUGUCUAAGUAUGUUGAAAAUAUCCUGCAAAUGGGCCAUCAGAUAAGUGACCACGUGAUGAAGGUGAGUGCAGGGGAAAAGAGGAAAGUCGACUAGGCUGAACGCGAUGACUGUCUUACAUGCCCCAAGCUAAAGGAGGUGCUCUCUCCACCCAUUUUUUUCCAGAGGUCCAAGUUCCAUUCACCUUUGGCCUUCCUUUUGACCUUUUGAGAUGGAAUGGGGGACCAUCCCCACAAUUAUACUGACCAUUGGAGAAAGCACAAUGCAACUGUUGUCUUCCAGCUUAUGAUUUAAGUCCCUUUAUUUUGGCUGUUUCUGACUUUUAAAAAGAACAUCUUUUUGCUAUUGCAAGUUUUCAGUCAAACCGUUUUUUGCAAGAACCUAAAGAUUUAUCCACACGCCACGCUUUCCAGGCAUGGUCCUUGCAUUAAAGCUCCACCUGCUCUGAAUUGCAGCAGAAUUGCCAUUAGUUGCGCUUCAGCUUUAAAGAGCAGGUUUUCAUGGGGGAAAGCUCCAGGGUGAGAAAGAGAGGAUUCAGAUACAGAGCUUUAAAGCUCAGGCCUGUGCCUGGAAAGCACAGGGCAAAAAGUAAGUCCUAGCACCCUAGUGGUCCAAGACAUUCUGCUGCUUCAAGGGGUGUUGAAAUGUCACAGAAGGGGAUGCUGGUUUCUGUUUAACUUGAUACAGAUAAAAGUCAGUUAUGUAUACACAAGAGCUGAAUAACAAUAAACUCUUGGGCACUUUAGGAUGAGUUUCAAUGAAAACAGAAACUUAAAGCUAUUUUUAAAGAAAAAAGAUGUUGCUGGUUGCAAAUUUAUUGUCUCUAGAGAAUAUACGUGUAACAGAAUGUAUAUAUUCAUUUCAUUUAUUUUAUUUCUUUGCUGCUUUUCACUCACACGAGUGAUGAAGCGGCUUACAUAGAUAAAUAAUAACACAGAACAUCACAAUUGCAAAAUAAAUCAUGCAAAAUAAUUAGCAAAUUGUCAGUAAAAUAAUUACAAAUCAUCAGUAAAACAACCACCUUCUACUAAACAUUAUUAAUGAAAAACAACUUUAAAAAUAUACCGUAUUUUUCGCCGUAUAGGACGCACCGGCCCAUAGGACGCACCUAGUUUUUUGGGGGGGAAAUCAAGGUAAAAAAAUUUAUUUCCCCCCCAGGUUUGCGCAGCCAUCCCCAAGCUAGAAGAGGGAGGUGGAGCGCUCCGUCUCCCUCUUCUGCCUUCAGGGACAGCCUCUCUAGCCUCCGUGGGGCAGCAGCUUGCCCCGCUGUCCCCCGAGCUUGUGGGGCUGGCGAUGGGGAGAAGCAAGCUUGCUUCUCCCCCCCCCCCCGCCAGCCUCCAGACCAGGUCUGGGAAUAGCGGGGUGGCGGCGCUGCGCCUCCCCGCUGUCCCCCCAGCUUGUGGGCUGCAGGCUGCUGCCCACAAGACUUGCGAGCCCGCGGGACCUCCCGCCGGGCUUGCAAGGCUUGCGGAUAGCUUCCUGAAGCCUGCAUUUGCCCCAUAGGACGCACACACAUUUCCCCUUCAUUUUUGGAGGGGAAAAAGUGCGUCCUAUAGGGCGAAAAAUAUGGUAUUUGCAUUUCUUCUAAAGGAAUGUUUAGCUAUGUCCACCUCAUCUUCAUAGCUGUUGUAUACCUAGUUCUGAAUUAUAGUAAACUUAAAAAGGGUCAAACAUUUGUGUGUUUCUUACAGGUGCUGAGCCGAUGUCACCUAAAGCACAUUAUUGCACUGUGGCAGCUCCUUUCAAGCCAUAAAUCUGAACAGCUGCUGCAUCUGAAAAAGGUAGGAAUCUGAAAGGGGUGGGGAGGAUGAGAUAACCUGAUGUUCUGUGCUCUUGUUCUCCCUUCUUCCCCUAACGAUGCUGUUGUGUGUUUCUUCCCAGGAUCCCUUCGCAGAGGUCAGCGAAUCCUAUAAAGAGGAGCUCACUCCAGAGAACACAAAACUCCUCAAUGCCUUCCUUAUGCAGGCUGGGCUGGAUUCCUUCCUGCAAGAGUUGCACGAAAUGAUCAUCCUGAAGCUGAAACAUCCCAAAGCUCAGGAGGUGUUCGAUCCCAAGUGGAGGUAAGAGCCUGUCAAGCCCAAACUUUGCAUAUUUUCUUUAUCACCCGGAUGUAACUCUUUUUGUGCUCGUGAACAGUGCCAUGUACUGCAGAAUAGCUGAUUAUACUUUGUGCUCACUCUCUUUCUCUCUUUCCCAGCCUUAAAGACACACUUGUUCCAUACCUCGAAACAAAAGGGAGCAACAUACCAGAAGAACUAGAGGAUACAUUCCCGGAAGAGAUCCUGCUCUCCCAGUGUAUCGCUGCCUGGAAAGUGGCUGCCACUCUUAAACGAGACCGAAGGCUUGGUUAA